GUGCGGGGGGGAGGCAUCUCUUCAUCUGUCAAAACCUUUUUGGAGUCGUCAUCACUAUCGUCGUCCCACUUGAGUGGAGGAAAUUAGUAAAACCCGCCAUUGGUGGUCGCCCAUUUGCUCAAGGCUACUACUACUUUUCAAGAGACCAUUCUCCUCUUCUCCUUCUCCUGCUCCUCUGUACUGUUCCAUUUCCACUAGAAAGUGGGUGGGCCUCGGGGAAAUCUUCACCCAAGAGCAAUACCCGAGUAGGAAAAUACAAAGAUCCAUCCUUGCCCUGAGCUCUUUGUGUGAGAGAGAUGUCUGGUGUUCUUCUUUGGGUGGUUGGCCCCAAAGGGAACGGCGCGUCCCUGUUCAAUCUCGAGCCCAGGACGAGCAAGAAACAGAGGAGGCCAAGAUUGUGCUCGGGAGUGCGAGUGGUGAGCGUGGUCUCGGCCAUUUCGACCUCGGUGGCGAGCCCGUCGAGAUCUUCAGUGGAGAGGGUGUACGAGGUCGUGCUGAAGCAAGCAGCUUUGGUGAGGGAGCAGAGGACAGAGAAGGCUCUGGAUGUGAAGAAGCCGGAGGAAGCAGAGGGGUUGACCGGCGGCGACUUGUUGAACGAGGCCUACGAGAGGUGUGGCGAGGUCUGCGCCGAGUAUGCCAAGACGUUUUACUUGGGUACGCUACUGAUGACACCGGAGCGACGAAGAGCUGUUUGGGCAAUCUACGUGUGGUGCAGGAGGACUGAUGAACUCGUGGACGGACCGAACGCUGCGCACAUCACUCCAAAGGCUCUGGACAGAUGGGAGAAAAGACUGAAUGAUCUCUUCGAGGGCCGUCCUUAUGACAUGUACGAUGCUGCUCUGGCAGACACCGUCUCGAAGUACCCCGUGGAUAUUCAGCCCUUCAAGGACAUGAUAGAGGGCAUGAGGCUCGACUUGAGAAAAUCGAGAUACAUGAACUUUGACGAGCUCUACCUUUAUUGCUACUACGUAGCCGGGACGGUCGGGUUAAUGAGUGUACCAGUCAUGGGGAUCGCGCCUGAAUCAAAGGCAUCCACAGAAAGCGUCUACAAUGCUGCAUUGGCACUUGGGAUCGCUAAUCAGCUGACCAACAUACUCAGGGACGUCGGCGAAGAUGCUAGGAGAGGAAGGGUAUAUCUCCCGCAGGAUGAGCUCGCGCGCGCCGGGCUAUCAGAUGAGGACAUAUUCCGGGGGAAAGUGACCGACAAGUGGAGGGGAUUCAUGAAAGAGCAGAUAAAGCGGGCGAGGAAGUUCUUUGACGAGGCUGAGAAGGGCGUCAUGGAGCUCAACGCGGCGAGCAGGUGGCCGGUGAUGGCGUCGUUGCUGCUGUACAAGCAAAUCCUGGACUCCAUUGAAGCAAACGACUACAACAACUUCACAAAGAGAGCUUAUGUGGGGAAGGCAAAGAAGCUCAUAUCACUGCCUGUGGCUUAUGGAAAAGCACUUGUGGGGCCUUCAACAGAUGCGUGAGUUGACUGACGAGAACUUGGGUUUUUGGUCCAUUUUUUGAAGUGUUGGGCUUGUAGCAGAACAGGUUGAGCUCUGUAAAUUCCCAUGUUAUAUAGAUGUAGCAGUCGCGUAUAAGGAGCCAUAAGUGGCUAGUGAAAUAAGGGUCCAUGGUCAGCUCAGCUUUGAUUAUUAGUUUCUUCACUGUUUAAAUUAGAAAAGGGAGCAGUGAAUGUAAAGAUCACAUGAAAGGACCAAUUAGUUCUUGUACAA